CUAGCGAGCCUGCCCCCUGCGGGGCCCAGGACAGGCGAGGCCCGGCCUUCCAAGGUCGGGAAGGGCGCAGCCCCGCAGCCCCCGAGGGCUGGCGAGCUGUCGUGGGGUCAGGUCCCGACUGGGCGAGGCGGGCACAGCGGCGAGGGCGGAGUGGCCGUCCCCGCCCGGGGCGGGUGGCAGCGGCCGGGCCCCGCUGGCCAGCGGGCGAGCCCGAGGGCGCCUCCGGACGGUUCCCAUAAACAGGGGCGGGGCGGGGCGGGGCUUGGCCGCAGCCCCGCAUUUCCGGGGACGCCGCGCCGGACGGAGGGUGUUCGCGGGGACCCUCUGCGUCCCCCGGGAGUGCGUCGGGCCGGCCAGGCAGGCGGGGCGAGCCUGGGGCGGUCCGGGAAGAGGAGCCGCGCCGCAGAGGUAGCCCUGCCGUGGGCGGUGGUCGCGCGGGAGCCGUGACCCUCGCAGGGUUCGGCUUCGUGUGGACCGAAUUCUAGACGUCGAUGACCCAGCCGGAUACCUAGAUCAAGCUGUGAGCCCGUGGUGAACGCCAAGACCUAAGGUCUGGCGGGAGGGGCUGCAGCUCGCGAGUCAAGUUGAGCCACCUGAGCCGGAGCCCGGAGGACGCCGUCGCUCCCCGCUGUCGGGAGCUCUGCGAUGGGCCGGGGGAGCCGACCGUCCAUCUCGCGGGGCGCGCUGCCGCCCCGGCCGCCGCCGCUGCUCCUACUGCUCCUGCUCCUGCUGCCGCCGACUCAGGCGCUCGCCCCUCGGAUCAGCCUGCCUCUGGGCUCCAAAGAGCGGCCGUUCCUCAGAUUUGGAGCGGAAAACGUCUCCAACUACACAGCCCUUUUGCUGAGCAGGGAUGGCAAGACUCUGUAUGUGGGUGCCCGAGAGGCCCUCUUUGCUCUGAAUAGCAGCGCCAGCUUCCUGCCUGGCGGGACGUACCAGGAGCUGCUGUGGAGUGCAGAUGCCGAGAGGAAACAGCAGUGCAGCUUCAAGGGCAAGGACCCACAGCGCGACUGUCAGAACUACGUCAAGAUCCUCCUGCCGCUGAACAGCACCCACCUGUUCGCCUGCGGCACAGCGGCCUUCAGCCCCCUGUGCACCUACGUCGUGAGUGCCCCUCCCUGCCCGGGCUCGCUUGUGGCUGGCCUGGGAGCCGCCGCUCUCUCUGCGUCGGGAGCUGUCGCCCAGCCCCGGUGCCUGGUCCAGGGCCGGGCCCAGGGCGAAGAAGUUUUGGGGGAGCAGUGGGUCCUACCACUGGGAAGGGGCCACGAGGGGGUCCAGGCUCCCCACCCUGGCCUGUGCGUAAGCCCGGCCUCUCUCUCCCUCCCCCAGGGGGACGAGGGCGGCGAGCGGGUCCUGCAGCAGCGCUGGACGUCCUUCCUGAAGGCCCAGCUGCUGUGCUCGCGGCCGGACGACGGCUUCCCGUUCAAUGUGCUGCAGGACGUCUUCACGUUGAGCCCCAGCCCGCAGGACUGGCAUGACACCCUGUUCUACGGUGUUUUCACAUCCCAGUGGCACAGGGGGACCACCGAGGGCUCUGCCGUCUGCGUCUUUACCAUGAAGGAUGUGCAGAAUGCCUUCAAUGGCCUCUACAAGGAGGUGAACCGUGAGACACAGCAGUGGUAUACGGUGACCCACGCAGUGCCCACACCCCGGCCUGGAGCGUGCAUCACCAACAGUGCCCGGGAGAGGAGGAUCAGCUCAUCCCUGCAGCUCCCAGACCGCGUGCUGAACUUCCUCAAGGACCACUUCCUGAUGGACGGGCAGGUCCGCAGCCAGCUACUGCUCUUGCAGCCCCGGGCCCGCUACCAGCGAGUGGCCGUCCACCGUGUGCGUGGCCUGCACCGCACCUACGACGUGCUCUUCCUGGGCACUGGUGAUGGCCGGCUGCACAAGGCAGUGGACGUGGGCUCCAGGGUGCACAUCAUUGAGGAGCUCCAGAUCUUCCCACCGGGACAGCCCGUGCAGAGCCUGCUUCUGGACACCGGCAAGGGGCUGCUCUAUGCCGCCUCCUACUCCAGUGUGGUCCAGGUGCCCGUCGCCAACUGCAGCCUCUACCAGAGCUGCGGGGACUGCGUGCUCGCCCGGGACCCCUACUGUGCUUGGAGCCGUUCCAGAUGCAGACACAUCAGCCUCUACCAGCCUGAGACCGCCUCCAGGCCAUGGAUCCAGGACAUUGAGGGGGCUAACACCAUGGAUCUCUGCAAUGCUUCCUCACCCGGGUCUCGGUCUUCUGUACUAACAGGCGAGAAGCAGUGUGAGCAAGUCUACUUCCAGCCCAACACGGUGAACACCUUGGCCUGCCCCCUGCUCUCCAACCUGGCCACCCGGCUCUGGCUGCACAAUGAUCUCCCCGUCAAUGCCUCAGCCUCCUGCCGUGUGUUGCCCACUGGGGACCUGCUGCUGGUGGGCAGCCAGCAGGAACUGGGGGUGUUCCAGUGCUGGUCACUGGAGGAGGGCUUCCGGCAGCUGGUGGCCUGUUACGACCCGAAGGUGGUAGAGGACGUGGUACCAGACCGAGCAGACCGAAGCGGCAGCGUGCCUGUCAUUAUCAGCACGUCUCGGGUGAGCGCACCGGCCGGCAGCAAGGCCAGCUGGGGUGUAGACAAGUCGUACUGGACCGAGUUCCUGGUGAUGUGCGUGCUGUUCGUGUUCGCCGUGGUGCUCCUCAUUUUAUUCUUCCUGUACCGGCACCGGGCUGGCAUGAAAGUCUUCCUGAAGCAGGGGGAGUGUGCCAGUGUGCACCCCAAGACCCGCCCUGUGGUGCUGCCCCCUGAGACCCGGCCGCUGAAUGGCGUAGGCCCCCCUAGCACCCCACUCGACCACCGAGGCUACCAGGCCCUGUCAGAUAGCUCCCCGGCGCCCCGCGUCUUCACCGAGUCAGAGAAGAGGCCGCUCAGCAUCCAGGACAGCUUUGUGGAGGUGUCCCCGGUGUGCCCCCGGCCCCGGGUCCGCCUGGGCUCUGAGAUCCGGGACUCCGUGGUGUGAGCGCACCGGUAGAGGAGUCCACCUUGGCUUCAGAGGCCGUGAGUGCUCAGAGGGGGCCGGCCGGACCUCUGUGUCUCGUGGACCACCACCGUGGCGCCCAGCCCUCGGGGAUGGGGCCCGCUGGCCUGCUGCUCUGCCGCUGAGUAGCGAGGCCCCCUCCAACCGACAGCCAUGACUCGAGAGGGCCUGGCUGCAGGUGGGGGCCUGCCUGGCUGGGCAGAACAGUGCUCCCUGUGUGAAACUGAGCCCUUUGUUUAAAAAAAAAUGAAAAUGUGAAGCGAGAAGAAUGAGACAUCACAGUACUUCAUGCACACCAACAGCCCCGCCGCGGGGCGUGGUGGGCUCGCCGAGUGGUUGUUUGAGACAGAGCUGGCAGUCCCCACCAGCUGGCCUUUUCCACCUUCUGCCUUAUCCCACUGCCACCGGCUGCCCCUUGGCCCCGCAGAAGCAGAGGCCGGCUCGGGCUCCGUGGGUCCUCCCUUGCCGGUUGGCCAGCUUGUUACAGCCAUCAUCCCGUCACCUCAGGGACUGGAGGGCCACACUGCCACCACAGCCCUCACAAGGCGUUGGGCUCACACUCACCUGCUGGACCUUUCCAGCCUGUCGCAUUAAGCCACGUGCGACGGGCAGCGUGAGCUCAGGAGACCGUUUUAGACGAUGGACGCCUUUCUCUCCAAGUCAAGGAAGAGACUGUUGCCUUCCUUCCUCUAUCCCAGCCUACGAACCUGUGUGUCCCUUUUCCCCAUGUCCACCCCGGACUCCUCCCCAGAGCCCAACCCCCGGUUCAGCCCCUCCACCUUGCCUGCUCCCCCUUUAAGGGAGACUGACACUGCCCAGCACAGGAGCCCUGUGUUCAUGUCAAUUUUGUUAUUAUUUUUUUUUAAUAAGAGGCACUUUACUUUUUUUUUUUUUAAUAAAAUCUAAAUA